AAAAGCUCAUGUGAUCUUGUUUUUCAGAAUAGUUUGAUCAUUAAUUGUCAUCAGCGAUUUUGAAAUGGAAUUAAACGAAGUUUACUACGAUAAGGCAAACUAUAUAGAGACGGCAUCAGGGAAUAAAGUGAGCAGACAUUCAGUAUUAUGUGGAAGUCAGAACAUCGUCCUAAAUGGCAAGACCAUAGUUCAAAACGACUGUAUAAUAAGAGGAGAUCUAGCAAAUGUUAGAGUUGGAAGACACUGUGUGAUCAAGAGUCGUUCCGUUAUCCGACCAGCGUUCAAGAAAUUCAGUAAGGGGGUUGCAUUUUUUCCAUCUGUGAUUGGUGAUCAUGUCUACAUUGAUGUAGAUUCUGUUGUUAAUUCUGCACAGAUCGGAUCUUAUGUUCAUAUAGGAAAAAAUUGUAUAAUUGGUCGGAGAUGUGUAUUGAAAGACUGUUGUAUGAUUGCUGACAACACAGUCUUACCUCCUGAAACAGUUGUUCCACCAUUUUGUGUUUAUGGAGGAUCACCAGGUCAAUUUGUUAAACAACUACCUGAAUGUACUCAAGAUUUAAUGAUUGAUGCAACUACUCAGUAUUAUAAAAAAUUUAUACCAAAACCAACAAGCUGAUGAUGCAUAUUCAACUACACAUAUUGGCUCUGGAAUUUGCAUUUUGUUUCACUUAAUGUCUGUUUCUGUGGAUCGGGAGGUUGAGGUUAAGCAACUAUGCUAUAGAUCAGUGGUUGUCAAACUUUUUAGAAUUUGUAAAGUCUCGCGCUCCACCUCAAAAAUAACUAGUUAACAAUAAGCUACAAAUAACAGAUAGUAAGGCAAAAGUAUGUUUUAUUCAAGAAUAUGUUGAAAAUACGUGGAUU